GUGUGCCGACGACGACGACGCUAUAUACACGGUGCCGAGCAACAAAUUGAGUCAGUAUCGCACAAACAACAUAACGGAAACAUCAACGUGAAAGCGAGACGGACUCCGUCCCGUUAUAUGCUGUGUCUGUCUGUCUGUCUGUCUGUGUGUUGAGAGCUUCUAAGUCUACUUUGUCGUCGCGCACUCAAGAAAUAAAAAAAAAAACAAACACCAAAAAACAAAAAAAACAAUUUAAAAAUUAAAUACAAUUAAAACGGCAACUCAAAAAUUGCAGAAACUUUAACACACACACAACUCGCACACAGGCGCAUACAGAAACGUAUGUCAAAACAAAAGAAACACAAAAAAGAGGAGAGAACAGAAACUGACACCAUCAGGACAUUGAGAGAAACAGCAGCUUAGAUCGUGAGAGAAGACUAACCAGAGAUUCAGAGAGUCAGAAAGUCAGAGAGAGGAUCGUCAAUCAGAGCGGCUUAGUGUCCUUACUUUUGAGCCCGUGAGCGGGCGACAGCCCGAGGGCAGUGAGCAAUGUUUUUGACGUUUGCCAACUGCAAUCGGCACUUUGGCACUUGGCACUUGGAAAGUUUGCAACUCCCCUCGGGCCAGAAGAGAGACCUGUAAAAAUAGACACAGGCAGAAAUGCAUAAAAAACGUCCGAAUUAAGAGUCCAAAGAAAAACCAACAAAAAAUCAGCAGCGGCAGCAGCAACAGCAGCAGCGGAGUUGAGUUGAAUGCUCAUUUCGUCGUGAAUCGUCGUGGGUGUCGCGUCCUCAAACACACAUAUGCAAACAGACAUAUCUUUAGAUGCAUAUAAAUAAACAUAUCAAAAUUAAUUUUUUUUCUUGUUGUUCUAUAGUUAAUAUAUAAAGUUAAAGAAAAGCAAACAAAAGGAAGAGAAAUACAAAGAAAAGCAAGUGCAGGCAAGGGCGCCCGAGUGCGGCCAUUGGAAAUGGCAAACAAAAUGCAGCAGCAACAAAUUCAACUGCAACAACAACAACAGCAGAAAAAACAACGGCACUUCCCAAAUACAUAAGUCCACCGAAUAUCUAUACCGUUUUGUGGUUAUUAUUUGUCGCGCGCGUUCACACACACACACACACACCUACACAUGCAAGUGCAUAAAUGGCAAUAUGGACGAGCAGCAGCAGCGGCAGCAACAGCAGCAGCAGCAGCAGCCUGGUAUACCAGCACAGUGACACGCGCGUACCAAACAUUGCCGAUUUUAUCAUCAGGCGAACGCCAGCAGCAGCAACGACAACAACUCCAGUGGGACCAGCUAUUAACUGAAGGAGUCACAACAAGAAUAACAAUACCAACAACAACAAUAACAACAACGAACAUUGCUGAAAGGCGUCGCCAAAUAUCAAAAUGUCAAUUCAAAAGCUGAACGACACCGCCAACUCUGGCUACGUAAGCUCCGAGGAGACGGACUCGCUGCUGGUAAGUCAAAAUCCAAAUCCGUCACGCGUCGGCGGCGGACGAACGGCGCUGCUCCGGCAGGUGAAAAGCAGCUCUACCAAUGGACCAACCGGCGCCACCUCCACCUCCUCGACGGGCUCUGGCACGGGCUCCGCCACCGGAUCCGUCACAGGCUCUGGUGCGGGCUCUGUGGCGGGUUCGGGCACGGGAACGGGCUCGGGAGCUGGUAGCACACAGCCUAGCAAGCCGACGCUGAUGCGCCAGGAUCGGACUUCCACAUAUCUGACCAGUCCGCAGCAGUCGCAGCAAGCGAGAAUGGGCUCCGAGGAGAGUAUGCGCGGUGGCGGCUGCGGCGGCGGUGGUGGCAUAACGAAUCCCCACGACGAGGAUGUGGAGCAGGGACUGCUCCGGACGAGCCUAGUGCCUGACAUCGAAGUUCACGAAGAGGACCAAGACCAGACCAACGACCAACAACAACAGCAACCACAGACCAUAUCAAUUAUGAAUUUAAGCCUGAAGCCCGGCGAUAGCCAUAGUCACAGCCAUAGUCAUAGCCAUAGUCCCAGUCCUGGACCCGGACCAGGUCCCGGUCCUGGUAGCCAUCCCAAUUUGGGCACAUCAUCAUAUCAGAAUCUGGCCUCGAGCAUACCGCCCAGCGCACCGAGCCGGUGCCGGGCAUGCCGCAACUGCAGCCGUCGUGCUUCCACCACGCCCAUGUCCAGCUCCAUUGCGGAUCGCGGGCAGAUCGAUAGGAGCGCCUCGCGGGACAGCGUCAAGAGCGCCUUCCAGGGCCAGGGCAAUCUCAGUGGUUCCAUGCUGCUCCAGCUGCAACAACAGCAACAGCAGCAGCAGCAUCAACACUACCAACACCAGCUCCAAGUAGUCCAUCAGCAACAGCAGGUGCCACCUCCAGUUCUUAUCACAUCGUCGCCCACGAACGGAUCCCGGAUAAUCCGGCAGAGUUCACAGCCGGAAUCGAGCACCACGGCCAUUGUCUGCUGUGGCCCCCACUCCGCCUGCGUCGGACACUCGCACUCCCACUCGCACACGGUGCCCAAUGUGUCGCUGAAGCAGCUCCGGGAGAGCUCCGGCGAUGGCAUCGCUGGAAUUGCAGCGGACUCGUUGAGGAUCAACGGCGGCAUGCGGCCCUUCAAGCAGCUCCGCAAACCGGCGUCGACACUCUCAAUUCCUGGCUCGAUGAAAACACCUUCCAUUGCGAACCGGGAACAGAUCUCAUCUGGAUGCAACGAAGAAGCGGCCGAGGCACUAGUGGGUAUCCACUCAGACUACCCUAGGUAUAUGGAAGAACGUGCUCUUACUGGCGGAAAUACGUCCAGGAAGCCAUCGACAAACUCGGCCAAACACAAACCCAAUGUGGGCUAUCGCCUGGGCAAGAGGAAAGCCCUCUUCGAGAAGCGCAAGCGCAUCAGUGACUACGCCCUGGUUAUGGGCAUGUUCGGGAUCAUCGUGAUGGUAAUCGAAAACGAGCUGAGCAGUGCCGGUGUCUACACGAAGGCAUCGUUCUACUCGACAGCGUUAAAAACCUUAAUAUCUGUUUCGACUGUGAUUCUUUUAGGACUUAUAGUAGCUUACCAUGCUUUGGAAGUGCAGUUAUUCAUGAUAGAUAACUGCGCCGACGAUUGGAGGAUCGCAAUGACAUGGCAACGAAUUAGUCAAAUAGGGUUAGAACUUUUUAUAUGCGCUAUACAUCCAAUUCCUGGCGAAUACUAUUUCCAGUGGACGACGAAAUUGGCCAAUAAGAAUAAAACAAUUGGCACCGAAAUGGUGCCAUAUGACGUAGCUUUAUCAUUACCUAUGUUCCUUCGAUUAUAUUUAAUCUGCCGCGUAAUGCUGCUGCAUUCAAAGCUAUUCACAGACGCAUCAUCACGGAGCAUUGGCGCUCUCAAUAGGAUUAAUUUUAACACAAGAUUCGUUUUAAAAACUCUUAUGACAAUAUGCCCGGGAACGGUUCUAUUGGUCUUCAUGGUCUCGCUGUGGAUCAUCGCCUCCUGGACGCUGCGUCAGUGCGAAAGGUUCCACGAUGAGGAGCACGCGAAUUUGCUUAACUCCAUGUGGCUAACGGCCAUCACAUUUCUAUGUGUCGGCUAUGGCGACAUUGUGCCAAACACGUACUGUGGACGCGGUAUCACCCUCACCUGCGGCAUGGUGGGCGCCGGCUGCACGGCCCUUCUGGUGGCCGUCGUUUCCCGGAAACUGGAGCUGACCCGUGCCGAGAAGCAUGUGCACAACUUCAUGAUGGACACGCAGUUGACCAAAAGGCUGAAAAAUGCUGCGGCGAAUGUCCUUCGUGAAACUUGGCUCAUUUACAAACAUACAAGACUAGUAAAACGGGUUAAUCCCGGCCGUGUAAGAACCCACCAAAGAAAGUUCCUUCUAGCUAUAUAUGCGUUGCGAAAAGUUAAAAUGGAUCAGCGCAAACUAAUGGAUAAUGCAAACACAAUAACUGAUAUGGCCAAGACACAAAACACGGUCUACGAGAUAAUAUCGGACAUGUCUAGCCGUCAGGAUGCCAUCGAGGAGCGCUUGACCAACCUGGAGGACAAAAUGCAGAGCAUACAAGAGCACAUGGAGAGCCUUCCGGAUUUAUUGUCCCGCUGCUUGACCCAACACCAGGAGCGGAUUGAGCAGCGUCGCAACUUUCUGCAUCCGGAUACAGCGGCGGCGGCAGUGGCCCCCAUUGCGGCGCCGACCCCCCAAUCGAUGUUCAACGCGGCGCCCAUGUUGUUCCCGCAUUCUAGAAGUGUUCCCUCAUCCAAUAACGCCGCUGCUACUUACCAUUGGCCAACAAGCCCUAUUUUGCCACCUAUAUCUAGUAGAACACCACAUUUAGUGCCUGAUACUCACAUGCCAUCAAAUGGAUCUGCAGUUAAUAGCUACGCAUCUUCCAACAAAUACGGCAGCUGAA